GCCGACAUUAUUGUUAAAAUGUCGCCGUAAUUAUCAAAUGAUAUAUUCAUAUGAAAACAAUAUAUUGAAUACAAUUUGAAUAACCGUUUUAAAAGUGUUUGUUUGUGUGUGUCUUCGCUCUAAUCAAUAAAUCAAAAAAGCAAUCGACAGAAGACAACAACAACCAGAAAAUAAUGGGAGCUUUUCUCGACAAACCCAAGACUGAGAAGCACACUGAGGAAGGAAACGGCAAUGGCCUCCGAUUUGGCUUAAGUUCGAUGCAGGGCUGGAGGAUAGAGAUGGAGGACGCGCACUGUGCCGUUGUUGGUCUCCCGCAGCUCACCGAUUGGAGUUUCUUUGCCGUUUUUGAUGGCCACGCGGGCGCCCGUGUGUCGGCCCAUUGCGCCGAAAACUUAUUGAACACAAUCAUCCAAACGGAUGCAUUCAGACCGUCAUCUAACACAACGAAUGGCGUCAUAAGUCCCGAACAAAUCGAGUCCGUUAAACAAAGCAUUAGAGACGGGUUUUUGAAAUUAGACGAAAAAAUGAAACGACUGCCCGAAGUGGAGUCCGGGGAAGAUAAGAGCGGUUCGACCGCAGUCUGUUGUCUCAUAUCGCCAACACAUUUCUUUUUCGCUAACUGUGGCGACUCGAGAGCCGUACUGUCGCGCGGCAGCAAAGCCUUCUUCUCGACUCAGGAUCACAAACCUAUUAAUCCGACCGAAAAAGAGCGAAUCCAAAGAGCUGGCGGCAGUGUUAUGAUUCAACGGGUCAAUGGCUCUUUGGCCGUCUCCCGAGCGCUCGGAGAUUACGAGUACAAACAGGUUGAAGGUCGCGGUCCAUGCGAACAGUUAGUAUCACCUGAACCAGAAAUUACAGUCCAGACACGCGAAGGCGGUGACGAAUUUCUUGUACUGGCCUGCGAUGGCAUUUGGGAUGUCAUGGAUAACGACGAGUUAUGCGAUUAUGUCAGACAUCAACUAACUAUACAUCCAGACCUUGAAACUGUUUGUUCAUCUAUUAUAGAUACAAGUCUUCAUAGGGGAAGUAAAGAUAAUAUGAGUGUUGUUUUGGUUUGUUUUCCUGGCGCCCCCACCGUUAGCGAGGAGGCACAACAAAAAGAUAAGGAACUCAACGCUUUAAUCGAUAAGAAAGUUCAGGAAAUUGUUGAGAAAAACGAUGACCUGACGAUUGCUGAGGUUUUUCAGGCCAUUGUGUAUGAAGACUUGGAAUUUUUGCCGCCCGGCGGUGGACUCGACGCUAAACGAAGUAUAAUCGAGGAGACCUACAAACGGCUGAAUCCAAACAAGUCUAACGAUCCGAAUAAAGCCGAAGAUAACAGCGAUGACGACCAAAAUUUCUCAGUCAACUGACGACAACAACAACAAAAAUAAUAUCCAUUUUAUGAUCUGCACCACAGGAGGUGCCGCCAAACUAAACAAAACAAAAAUCAUUCAUCGCUUUCACACCGAAAAAAAAAGUUUGUGUUAUCACAAGAAAACUAAAUAUGAAUUUUUCUUUAAAGAAUAAAAUUAAAUAAUAAAAAAGUUUUACUUAUAAUUGAAAGAAUCUUUUUUCCCCCAAAAAAAUAAUUAUUGUAUUAUUGAUUGCUUUCUAUACAACAACAAAAACAAC